AUGGGGAUGAAUAUUAUGCCACUACAGGAUUUCGAGUGGAUGAUGUCCAGGGAGGCGACCGGGGCGAAGAAAAUGAUGAUUUCCACCUUUGACACCGGGUAUCCCGACCCGUUGUUUAGUAAGCGUGUCGCAUCCGGUGACAUCGCGGUAGAGCGGCUCCAGGAUGACGAGGUGGAGCUGAAGAUAGCGGAGGUGAAGUCGUCUGAUGCUGGGUUCUACUGGUGUCAAACGCCGAGUACAGACUCCUCCUUCAGUGGCAACUACGAGGCUCAGGUCAAACUCACAGUCAUCCCCAACACCCUCAGGGUCUCCUCCCAGACCCCGCCCCCAGUCGUCCCAGAAGGAAGUGACAUGACGCUCUCCUGCAACAUCACCCGGCAACUCACCCACCCCACCUACCUGUCCGUCACCUGGUCGGUGAAGAAGGGAACAAUGUUGGAGGAAAUUUUGACAUUUGGCCCUCAGGGAGAUGUAGUCACAGGGCAGAAGUACGACCGGCGCUACACCGACGGAGGCAUUCGAUUGGUUCCUGGGAAGGAUGGAUUGUUUGACUUGGUGAUUUCCAGAGUGACGUCGUCUGACGAAGGGAUUUAUGAAUGCAACGGGACGGAAUGGACGCAUGAAAAUGGCAAAUGGAUAAAAAUCGUGGAGAGCACAAAAGAGAUGGGCACUGUUGCUGUUACUCCUACAGGUCGGUCCCUCAGUGUGAAUGUUUCAUCCUCCUCCUUCCCCUCAUCCACGGUUCUCCUCCUCUCCCCCGGUAACACGCUGAGCCUCCUCUGCUCCGUCGGCGCCGACAACCUGCCCACCCUAUCCCUGGAAGUGACCUGGAUGGCUGACGGCCACGAGAUCAUCACCAUGGAGCACAGCGGGGUGGUGAUCUCAAACCCUACCUUGAGCAGCUCGCAAGGAAAACGAGGGCAGGCAACCUUGGAGCGGACGGGAGCUGGAGAAUACAGGCUGGGGGUGAGGGAGGUGAGUCGGGAGGACGGAGGGGCGUACACCUGCCGCAUCCGAGCCUUCAUUGAGAAAGGAGGAAGGAGGUGGCAUAUGGCGGGCGAGAAAACGUCCAGCCCUUUGACUGUGAAUGUGUCGCAGAUCAUGGCAAUAAUUCCCCCUGCAACCUCAUCAAAUCAGACAGCUUUGUUGACCAUUGCUGCGGCUCUCUCUUUGGAUGUGCUGCUUUUGCUGCUGAUGCUCACCACAUAUUUUGUGUACACACGAUUCGCAUGUUGUAAGAAUACAAGGACAGGAGCAUGAAGGAAAAGCAAAGAAGAGGAAAAGAACCAGAAUAUCAGGUGUACCCUCGACAUUGAAGGGAUUGUGGCUGCUGGACUGGCCGUUAAACUUGAGACCUUAGCAUUAGCUAACUAGCAUCAAACAUGGCUGCAACCAGAGAAGAAAAGAAGCAAUAGAGUCAUCUUUUGCUGGCAAAAUUCAUGGCAUUUUAAUCACUUCAAAAAUGAUAUAGUAUUUUCGACAGUGCUGCGUUGUUCUUAUCUUUUCUCAUUUCAGUUCUCAUAUAUUUCAUUUAAUUUCAGUAAAGACCUGAGACCUACACUUAGCUUUAAGAUAAUGUGUUGGUUAAGCUAAUCUUUGUUAAUCUUAAAUAUUAAGUUUCCAUCCAUCCUAAAUUGAGCUUAUUGUUUCCUCCAUUUUGUUCCGAAUCUUGGACACACUUGUUUGGGGAUGAUGAUUAUUAUCUUUUGUAUUUUUUUUUUUCUCGGUUGUUUGUUUUUGUUUAUCUGAAAGUUCACUGAGUAAGAAACCUGGAUUUGGUUUAUGUAACAAAGUAGACCUAUCCAUCGGUGGAAACUAAGUACCGCUACAUAUGGGGUAUUGUAAAUUGGCUCCCGGCUGACUAGAAAAUUAAAAUGAUGUCACUUUUAUUUAAGCAAAAUACAUUUUAAAAAUAUAUUUUUUUGUAGCUAAUGGAGUAUUUAUGUAGUAUCAUACUGUACUAUCGCCACUUUUCAUCAAGUACAGAUCAGAAUCCUCAGUUAUCCCGUUUCUGUGCAAGUAAUCCAGCUUGCAUGUAUUGUUCUAAUAGUCCAGCUGGGUACUUCUUAUUUCUACUGGUACUUGUGUGUACGUACACACAUUUAAUGUCUUUCAUUUCGUUGCUGAUGAUAUCUCACUCUAACUUUAAAUAACAGGAAAUUCACCCUCAAGCUUUAGUUGAAUUGUGUCACAAAUGAUUUAACUGAGAUGAACGGUUGUGUAUCAGAUCACAAUCCUAGUUGGUUUUUGCCUUCGUUGUUAUGUUUUCUUGUGUAAUGCAACUUUGCUCAUCACUGCACCAAUUUAUUUGUGUUGGGUAAUGUGGCCUGUUUUUUAAAGACUGAAGAAGAUACUCAAGAUGUGCAUUUGUUAUAAGAUAUAUUUCAUAAUUGUAAUAUCCUUUUUUAAUUUUGCACUUUACAUUACAAUACAUCGCUUAUGUGCCACUGGUGUGGCACAUGUAUUACUCCAUUUCAUGCAUUGUUUGAUAUGCUUAUUCUGAUAUUAAUUGUCUCUCAACUCAUGCUAAAUAUAAAAUACAAAUGUUGUGUUGGGCCACAUGUGACACUCUCAUUAUUGCAUUUCUUUCUCGCAGUUUUUGUGUAAUUUGUAAAAUAAUAAUUUAAAAAACAAUUUGCUGGGAAAAUGUAACACAAAUUGUGUUAACUCCAAUGUUAUAGCUCAUAUUAAGCAAUUUUGCCAAAAAAUAUAAAUAUGCUCAAUUGUACUUUGAGUUAAUAAAAUGAAAUGGGGACAUUUUUAAAACUUCUCAGUAGUAUUGGUGUUGCAAGUUAGUGGCCAAGUGGAAAACCUUGCUCUCAAAGACACAUAUACAGAUCAAUGUGUCACUUAGUGCUCAACACUUGCCUAAAAAAUAAUCUAAAUGUGGUAUUCUGUCCUGCCCACAUUUCCUUCCUGAGUAAAAGAUAAAGAUGUUUAUGGUAAUGUUAUGUUCAUGUUAGAUAAUUAGUGGGAGAGCUCUGUUAAAACUUCCAAGUUCUUAUUCAGUGAAUUGCAACGCCAUUGAGCUUCUUAAUACUUUAUUAUGCAUUUCAUUUCAGCUCUUCUGCAUUUUCUCUAAUGUUUUCCAAGUUUUUGUGAAUUUCAGCUCUUUUAUGCAAUUGAAUUAAAGUCUUUUGCAUUUCC